AUGCUGAGAGCUGCCAAGAGCUUCUCCACCGGUGUCCGCUGCCCCAUUCGAAUGCAUGCAAUCCCAGAAUUCAAGAAGGUCGAUCGAUGGACUGAGAAGAGGAGUAUGUUUGGAGUUUAUGACAACAUAGGCAUCUUAGGGGAUUUCAAGGCACAUCCGCGAGACCUCAUUCUGGCCCCCUGCUGGUUGAAAGGAUUUAAGGGUAAUGAACUGCAGCGGCUCAUUAGGAAAAAGAGGAUGGUUGGAGACAGGAUGAUGACUCAAGACCGACACGACCUGGAGAAGAGAAUCCGCUUCUUGUCUGCCCCAGAUGCCCAGGCUGGAGCCCCAGGAGCUCCUGGAGCUCCAGGUGCAGAUGGAGCCCCGGGAGGAGGCCCUCCGGCCCCUCCCAACACCAGCAGCAACCGGCGCCUGCAGCAGACACAGGCCCAAGUCGAGGAGGUGGUGGACAUAAUGCGAGUGAAUGUGGACAAGGUUUUGGAAAGAGAUCAGAAGCUCUCAGAGCUGGAUGACAGAGCGGAUGCUCUUCAGGCCGGAGCCUCACAGUUUGAAAGCUGCGCUGCCAAACUAAAGAACAAGUACUGGUGGAAGAACUGCAAGAUGAUGAUCAUGAUGGGGAUCAUUGGAGUCAUUGUAGUUGGCAUCAUAUUCUUGUACUUCUUCUACUGA